UAAUAACCACCUCUCCCCCAGAGCACUAAUUGUGCCUAUUAGAGGCUUAAUUCAUAUGUAGAUAUGUUUCCAAUGCAAACAGUUCAACAUGUACAAACUGUGGAAAAUUGUCUCGACUAAAUACUGGUUAACACCAAAACGAGCGGGUUAUGACUUAGGCCAUGCUAUAAAGAUGGAAGUGAUCAACAUAGAUGAGGGCCGCUACGAGCAGAGAGACCUCUUACCAAGUAGCAGCGGCUCAAACAGCUCCAGCAUCACCGAAAGCAACUACAGCAGUGAGCAAUCAAGCGAUGACCUGGACAAGUCAGACGAAGAAGACUUGAGAGAAGACCUGCAGAAAACUAUUAGAGAAUGCUACAAAUCCGAUAACUUCACAUCACAAACUAAAGACAUCACAAAUGAUGAAGAGUUCCAAGCUACAGCUCUGUGUCAGUUUAUGGAUAUUUUGAAUGACUUAGAUGAAGUUUUAGACAAAUCUCUGCUUGCAUGUCUUGACGAUGGAGCUAAGAAUUAUGAUAGCGAUGAAGGAGACCUUAUUUGUAAGAUUAAAGAGUGCAUUGGGGAUGCUGGACAUUCCGACGAUGCACACUGUUCCAUUGAUGAUAAUGCUCAAGUAGUAACUGCAAGUAUACCUAACCAAGAUGUUCUUACUAACAUUCCUGAAAGACCUAUUGCGCUCGGUCGCUCUAAAAGCUUUACAGAACUGUCUGGGAAUCAUAGAGAAGUCCCAUUAGAACGUGCAGGCACGACAAAUGACAACUUAAGAAGCUCAAUGCGUCGUCUCGAUCCAAUAGUACUGCCAGCUAUAUCAACCGAGGAAUCUGAACCAUUAACAUUACCUGUGAUCUUAUUUUUGGAGCAUCAUGUGAAUUUGAGGCCGACCAGUGCUCCGAUACAGUUACAAGUGACAGCGGCUAAUUUAAGCAGUGACGGGGCUUCGGGGCCUUUGAUAGUUGGUCGUAGGGCGUUGCUUAUGAACCGGGCUUUAAGUCUGCCGUCGCCGGGGGAUAGUGAUGUUACUGGGGACUGGACGGGGCGGAGCGCGAGGAGCACAGCGCGGAGCUCUAGCUCUUCGAGUGACUCUAGUGAGAGCUUGACUGGGGUCACUGCUGCGGAGCAAACUGCUAUUGGUGCCACUGAAGAGAGAAACGAAGAGACUGAAGAGCCGCCGUUCGGCGUGUGGCCACACCGUAUGAGCGCCAUGUUAGCUUGCUUGAGCUGCACCGUUGGCAUAUUCAAUAUCUCCCGCUUCGCCAUAUUCAGCGUCCAUUUCGGAGCUAACUUUAUCAUACAGUUCCUGAUACUGUCGCUUUUGAUCGGUAUACCACUAUUCACUCUCCACCUCUGCCUCGGCCAAGUCCUGGAGUCAGGCCCCGUAGACAUGUGGAGGAUAUCACCCAUUUUCCAAGGAGUCGGGGUGUCCAUGCUUAUAAUGCAGACUGUGACGGGCAUAUACAGUAUUAUAGGACUGUCAUGGAUCUUCGUGUACUUCAGAGACUCGUUUAUAACCUCGAAUGAUAGAUACAAAUGGGCGUUGCCGCAUGAGUUUAAUUUUGAAGAUUCAGGAGGUAAAAACGCUAGUUUCAAAAUCCAAGACACACUACCGCAAUACUUCCACGCAGAGGUGUUACAAAAGAACCCAGGCUCCAGCGGUCUGGGGACGAUCAAGUUCCAAGUGGCGUUUAACCUGGCUGUCGUUUGGAUGAUUGUGUUCGUGGCGCUUAGCAAGGGACUGCGGUCUUAUGGCAAGGCAGUCUACAUGCUGAUAUUCCUACCAAUGUGCGGCACUCUGGUCCUCUGCACUAAGUUACUGACGCUUAUACCGUACGACUCUGUUACCAAUAUCUUCUCGGAGACCGACUGGAGUGAAUUCUUCAAAAACGGCCACUUAAGUAGAAGUUGGACCGCAGCCGCCCAAGAAACCUUCCUAACCUGGGGCCUCCUCGGCGCCUGCGUGAUGCAGCUAACCUCCCACAAGAACGCCAAGACAAAAAGCAGCAAAGUGCUACAGAAAGAGAGCGCGUGUAUAGUGGCCUUUACGUUCGCUGUGCUACUAUUAGCUUCGUUCCUGGCUAAUACGUGCGUGCAGAUACUGAAGAACUAUGGAUACGCGUAUAUACCGGGGAGCUAUGAAACCGUCGAGUCCACCCAAUUCCUCUGGCCCACCUCCGAGCCCCUACCCGGCAAGGUCGUGUCCUUACCCGUCCGUAACCGCGGUCACUACGCCAGUCUAGUCGGAGUUACUGUAUGGAAGACGGACAAUACAGCAAAGCUGACGCUUAGUGGCUGGCAACCUCUGCAGUUGGCCACGCAAAUUGUACCUGCUACUUUAGCUGUCUUACCGGCGAAUGUGCUCUCACCAGCCUGGGCGGUCAUCUUCUACUUCAUCCUCAUCAUGUUCGGUAUAGCGCAGCAACUAGCCAUAUGGCACUGCGUCAUAACCGGCAUCAUGGCUAUCAACGCUUCAGCUUUGAAAGUUUGGGAGACGACCAUCACUUUCCUUAGCUGCGUGGUCGGACUUGGCGUUGGACUUGUGUUCACUACUGACGCUGGUGUCCGUCUAGUCCACUUCAUAGACUACGUGUGGGUGGGGUCGUGGGUGGCGUGCGCCGUGCAGGUGGCGCUGACGGUGGGCGUGUUCGUGGUCCGCGGGCGGCCGUACUCCGCCGACAAGGUGGUCACCGCGCUCUACUCCGCGCGCACCACCACCGAGACCGCUCUGGCCACCUUGCUCAGCUUCACUUGGACCGUGGCUUUGCCCGUUCUGCUUUGUGCUCUCAGUGUUAUGGACUUCCGAUGCGGGCAGCAGCGGCAGCUCUACAGCUGGAGGAAACCCGCGGGGUACUGGCCAGUGUGGGCUCGACAGACGGCGGUGGCGUUACAACAAGGAGCUCUACUCUGUGUUCCUGCCGCUGCCUUCGUACAAACGUGGAGAUAUAUGAGCAAAGGCCCGCCCGAUAUUUUAGACCGUAUUCAGAACCUGUACCGGCCGUCUCUCGGCGGCGGCGGCGGGGGCGGCGGCGGGGGCGGCGCGCCGUCCCCCCCGCCCGCGCGCGCCGCGCCGGCGCCCGCGCCCGCGCCCGACCCGCCGCCCAAGUACACGCCGCCACCAUCUUAUUCCACCGCUACUGGCGCGAGGCUGCUCAACACCAUACGCCGCAGCUUCCGCACGCUCAGAAGAAUAACCUCCGCCCGCGCGCCAUCCCCCUCACACGACGCGAGCGCCCCCAUCACCCUGAGCGAGACGGUCGAUCGGGCCUCCCCCCCGCACUACACCCCGCCCACCAUCACCGUCUCACACGAAGCCCACUCUUCUAACUCCCUCUCUCUAACCAGAGACUACCUCCGACGAUCCUUCGUCAGAAAAAGCGACUCUGCCAAAAGCAUACGAUCAAGUCUUAGAAGAAGUUUUAAAUAUGGCGGCGGGUUGACGACGAGUCAUGAGCAUUUGGUAAGGGAUGCGGAACCGAUUUCGAAUACUGUGGCUAUAUCCGCCAUGUUGGAGGCAGACGAUCCGCCGAAUGUUACGCGCAGUUUGGCCUCUGUUAUAUAGAAAACAAAACAUUAAACUCUCUCUUCCAAUUCUCUCUUACUAACUAUGAAGACAACCUCCGACGAUCCUUCGUCAGAAAAAGCGACUCGGCCAAAAGCAUACGAUCGAGUUUAAGAAGGAGUUUCAAGUAUGGAGGAGGGUUAACCACAAAUCAUGAGCAUUUGGUAAGGGAUGCAGAACCGAUUUCGAAUACUGUGGCUAUGUCCGCCAUGUUAGAAGCAGAAGAUCCGCCGAAUGUCACGCGCAGCAUAGCAUCUGUUAUAUAAGAACACGUAUGUCUCUGUAUCUUAAAAUGGCUCAAGGUCAAGCUAACUGGUAAUACAAUUUAUGAUGAAAUCGACGAGUCAUGAGUCAUGAUCAUGAGCAUUUGGUAAAAGAUGCAGUGCCGAUAUCUAAUACUGUGUCUGCCUUAAAGAUAACUUGGGAAUUCUCAUCAAUAACAGCCAUGUUCCUUUUGUUUGUAAACUUUACAAAUAAUUCGUAAUAUGCAGACAUCGUACAUUUUCCAGCAUUUUUGGUGCAGCAGAGUGGUGUUAACGGAAUUGGUAUAGAUAAUUUUAAUUGAAAUGGUAAAUUAACGUUAAUAUUAACUUAAUUAACGCUAAUUAAUCAUUAGGGUUGACAUUAUUUAUACCAAUUCCGUUAACACCACUCCGCUGCACCAAAAAUGCUGGAAAAUGUACGAUGUCUGGUAAUAUGGCAAUGAUGUAGGGUUGACGUCAAAGGUACAUUCAUAUUGCUAACCCUUGCAUUGUAGUACAGUAAAGAUCAUUAAAAUAUACUCAUUACCUUAUUUCUAUGAAUUAAGGUUGAGAAUUGUAUACAUAUGUGUGACAACAUAUUUUUGACGUUAACUGUACAUUUGAUAUGGGUAAAUAUCGGUUUUCCUAGGAUAGCGGUGCCGUCAUAUGCCGGCGGCCGUCUCUAUACUAAAUAAUACGGCUAAAUAUGGAUGUCGUAGUAUUUGUAUGGAGACGGCCGCUAUAUGACGGCACCGCUAUCCUAGGAAACUAGAGCAUAAGACUAGAUUUUAGUAUGGUCAGGACCAAGGAUUGAUGUUCGUUAGAUGGGUGCUUAGUAUCGAUAGACUGCCCAGUGUAUUAGCAUAGAGAAAUAUAGUAAGGUACCAAAAAGACUAUUAUUCUCACAGUCGACAUCUAGCAUCGAGUAGGGGAAUUUUCAGUACUACUACUUGACAAUAGAUGUAGCACCGACCGGAAACUCUAAUGUUGUUGAGCAUAAGACGUGUCGACUGUGAAAAUAUAAUCUUUUGAGUACCAAAACUGAUGUAUGGAGUGAGCAAUCUAUGUAUUUUUUUCUCUAUGGUAUUAGUAAGGAUUAGCGAAUGUAAUAGGGCAUUAGAAUAAAUUAAAGUGUGCUUACGAAAUGUAUAACGAAAGUAUAGAUAGUCGAUUCUAAGAUCUGAAAUGAUAGAGAAUCUUUGGUAAUCGAAUUCUAAAUGAUAAGUUAUGAAUUGAGCAGUAUUGUUUUAUAUUAAGUUUAGUUGUUCUGACUGUAUGAUUAUUAUACUUGCAAUACCAACAGGCAACUGAGAUCAUAAUGUUAUCUCCUUUAUCCUUGUUAAGACCAACCAAGAGUGAAAGAAACGGCAUUAUGAUCUGACUUGCCACUUAGUUUAGCGGCAAGUAUAGUGAAAAGUUUUAGUGUCAAUGAUCGUGUCAAAAAGUACGAUUAAUUUUGAUUGAACCACGUACUUAUUUUAAAGGUAUCAAUUUUACAUUGUAUAUCGAUUAUUUAAAUUACACAUUCAUCACUUUCAUUUUAAAUACAAUAUCUUAUUUGAAGCGUAUACUUUUAUAAAAAAAAAACGCUCGGCCACCAUUCUGCCAAUGGCAUAUUACUACAGAUACAAUAAGAUUACGUUGAUAGUUAGGCUGAAUUAAAUUUUAUUGUAUCUAUGGUCUUUUACUAUUGGACGGAUGAUAUUCGAAUAUCUUUUUUUUUACAAUUAUGGCCUGGGUGCGAAUCCUAAGCCAAGUCUUUAUUUUUAUUCGAAUAUCAAAAGUAUACGCCUUUCUAUUUUGAGCCAUGUUAAUAGUUUUACAAUUAAAUAUACUUCGGUAGCUUAAGACUGUAUACAUAAUGAACUUGAUAAUAAAUUCAGAGCUUAGUAACGAUGUUUUAAGACUUGAAAUUGUUAAGAAUACUUGUGGCAGUUAUUUUAGUGUAGUUUUUGUACUAGCAAAUGUGUUCUCCGUAGGUUAAGUUGUUGAGUGCAUGUUUAUUGUAUUGAAUAAGAUUUUUAUGAAUGUUUUUCGGUGUGAGGUUUCAGUAGGCGUUGAAACGGUCGAGUUUUUGGUACUUAAAGUGCGAUUUAGCAAAACGUAGUGAUAAGUUGAUAGAGAUCGAGGUAAGUCUGCGACGAUUUUAAUUAACACAUUCAACACCAAGAACCCGAUUGUCGGGUAAACUGUUCGUAGCGACUACGCGCUACAUACGGCGAAACCGUGGCUACGCGCUACGAGCGUAACCCGUAGCACUUAGUGGUAAUGAAUGUGUUAAUAGCACUCGCAGUGCAAGUGUUUAUUAUACGUCAUAUAAUUUCAUGUGCUAUCAAAAUCGCUGCAGACUUAUCAUGCUCUGGACAUGGACUUCGUUGUAGCAUCCAAUGUUGCAAAGAAUGUGGUUACAUCGGUGACAAUACAUAGGAUAAAAGCCUUCUAAGUCCCCGACUCAUAUUUGCUGUUUUGAAUUUAAAAACUUAUUCUUCAAAAUAUUUCAAAAUAUCAUUUGAAUUUAUCCUUUUAAAAGGACAUCGGGAUUUAGGAGGUUUGAUGUAGCAAGCACAUCACAACGUAUCGACCGGAGUUGUUAUCUGUUACAUAACUUUUUGAUGUUAAACACCAAAUAGUGUUAAAACUCUUUUAGCUAAAUAUUUUAAAUUUUACUCACAUUCACACCAUUUGAAAGUUAUGUAGCAAUAGUCAGGUGAUUUAUAUAAGUACAAUGGAUCUAAAGUUAGUGAGUUUAUAGUUUUAUUUUAGAUUAGUUUAGCUUCGCGGCAGUUCCUUAUUUGCAUUUAACAGUGCUCGUUCAAAUUAUGCUCUUGGAAAAUAUUCUUAGUUCUAGUCACUAACAUGCUUCCACCUUAUUUUUACAUUUUAGGAAACAUCACAUGGAGCCUUUAUAUAGCACCUUUUUUCUUUUUACAUUCCUUUGUUGCAAUAUGUAUUUACAAGUAAACAAAAUAUUAAUAAGUAGAACAAUAAGAAUAAUAAAAGUUUUUACUACAAA